GCUGGGGCACAAGAGAAGGAAGUUCAGGUUUCCUGUUGCUCAAACAGUGCUUCCUGUCUUCUGGGGCGGGAGGAAGGCAAAUGAAGUGAACGGAGCUAAGAGAAAUCCUGCUCGAGUCCAGGAUGGCAGCCUCUUAGAUGCCAAGUCAAACCAUGGUUUCUAGAGCGCUCUCUGUUAAUCAAUAUAUUGCUUCUUCAAAUUUUUAAAUUGAUCUUUUAAAAAAAAUGUAUAGGAUAGCUGAAUAUUUUUUAAAAAAACUUGCAUACAGUUUCUUUUGAUUCAUGUUACUUGGUUGAGCUAUAUAUAGUCAGUGUUUGCUUACAUGUUGAGGCCCAGUUAGCAAGUGGCAUACCCUCCUUCCAGGCUCUUGUUAUGCCUCCUACUCAUCGUGAUGGGUCAGGUGGAUGUGUUCAAAUUCUUUUAGUCUAUUGGACUAACCUUUUAUAACGUGUGUGUGUGUGUGUGUGUGUGUGUGUGUGUGUGUGUGUGUGUGUGUGUGCAUGUUAGUGUACAUGCCCAUGGAGGUCAGAGGUUGAAGUCAGGUGUCUCCCCCAAUCACUUUCUAUCUUAUUGAUGAAACAGAGUCUCCUGCUGAAUCGGAAGCUCACUGGCUUGGCUCCUUUCUUUGGGUCCCAAGCGUUAAGUUUCAGGAAUAGGGUUUAUGUCUGGCAUUUUGAUUUUUCACAUGAGGAUCCACUUGAGUCCCCAUGCUUGCAUGGCAAGGUCUUCGCCACCUGGGCCACCUCUGCCCUUGUCAUGUCUUGUAGUCACAUGGCAGUACUCUGCAGCAACACUUCUUAUGCUUCUUAAACUUUUGUCCUCAUGAUCCCUUUUCACCCAAGAAAUGUUUACUUUAGCCAUAGGCAUGUACAAUAUGUAUACAAAUCAAAUACGUAUUGACAGUAUACCAUAACUAAAUUUGUAAACAACCCUGGCAUAUAUCAUUCUUACAUUUAUUAGAAAUGAAAACAAGUUUGCAUACUGAUGAGAUGAACAUGCUUUUACAUAGACAGUGGAGUCUUGUCUGAGUAUUUAAUGCCUUGGGACGUAGAGCCUCUGUGUUUUUCAAGGAGAUGGAUAUUUUUAUUUUAUCAUCAACACUAUCAACUUUACAUAAAUACAUAGUAGAGAAAAAUAGAAGAAUUAUAUUUAGGGCUAAUUAAAUUUGUUUUUCAAUCCCAAGCCAAAACUUAUUUAACAACUUUUUCUAUAAAGCUCCGGCCAGUAGCUCAAACAGCAAUUUUAAAAAUGAAACAUUUUUAUCAUAAUCCAAUCCAAAGACCUUACUCACUUGCCUCAUGCCGGGGAAUGACAGUAAGGAAAUAUUAAAAGGCUUUGAUUUCUCUAAUCUAUAAGAGCAGACAACUUUGUGGUUACAGUAAAAUCACUGAAAUUUAUGGCACACAGUGGCCUUGGACUGUGAUGCUUUCAGCAGCAUUGGUUGGCAUUGUGUGGCCUGGGGCAUGCUCAUUAGAGGGCUCAUACUGUGUGUGUUCAGAACCAAGGCUGAAGAGAAGUCUUGAGACAAAACUCGGGCAAGUGCUGCCACAAACACACAGGUUCAUUACACACUCAGUAUUUAUGUAAGCUUUGGUCAUUGUACAUUCACAAGGAACAUUGUAUAUUCAGAGACUUUCGAUUGUUGACAGAUUCUCUGUGACUUUUACAUUCAUUUAUUCAACCUAUAGUUAAAGAGGCUGGGGUCUAUAGGAGAUGUGGACAGACAGAUAUACAGUCCUGAAUAGCCUCUUGCUCUCAAAAUGAAUGAAAAUUCAAAAGGGCAGGUUCUUUGACAUAGUUGAUCUUGGGAUUCUACCUAUUGCUUGAGGGAGCUUACAUGUGAUCCGAGAGGCCAUAUUUUCUCCGAUUUAUGCCUUCAUUGGUUCCCAGCACUAAAUCCACACUGUAUUUAGCAUUAGGGCCAUCUUUGUUGGUGCAGGACCAAGAGCCAAAAGGAAAUAGGAUUUCCUGAUUGGGCUGUGGCUUGGCAGAGGUUUGUUGUAGCAAAGGUAGUUUCAGCAAUUGCUUAAUCUUUAAUAAAAGCCUUUCUUAUCUCUGCUGCAGUGCAACAUGUUAUGUAUGUCUCAUGACUUAUGUGUAAGUCAUAGUGCAAGGCCGAAGUACCUCUCUUCCAAAACGAGGUCCCCAUGUCCCCUGCUCACUUUCUUGCUUUCUUUCCCUGUUAUUUUCACCAGCCAUGAAUCUCUUCUGCAUUCCAGUGUCUUGCUUAUUUUCUCUCCCCCGCCCCCUGAAUGUUGUUACAGAAGGGUAGAGAUUGCCGAUCAUUUGGUUUAUUAACAUGCUUUUAAUUUUCUGAUUAGUAUUUAUGAGCAUAUAAUAAACACCUGCUGAAUGCAAUAAUCAGUCAGUCUUUCAAGUGGCACCUAGAGAUUGACUAGAGACUGUUUGAAUGGUAAUGUUUUGCAAUUAUCUUUUAAAAGACACUUUUUGAAGGAUUGUGACUUAAUAUAAAGUCAAACUGGAUAAUAUGUGACAGGAAUAGAAUGCAGGGGGAUCCCUCACUCCAGUUGUGCUAAUAGACACAUAAAACACUUGUGUUGAAACCCAGAAUCUUUUCAUGCUAGAAGCAUCCAAAUGCCAAAAAUAGAAUGGAACUUUCUCAGUAUAAUAAAGAGAAUUAUCUUAGUCCAUUCAGGCUGCUAUAGUAAAGUAGUAUUAUUGGAAGCUUUGCAAAUGAUAGUCAUGUAUUUCUCAUAGCUCUGAAGGCUGAGACGACUUUACUCAGGUUUCUUCUGGGUUGGCUUUUCAUGAGGACUCGUUGUUGAGUCACAGACAGUGCCUUCUUGUUUCCUUAACAUGGUGGAAAUGGCAUCGAUGAGUUCUUACGUGGUAGAAAUAGCUCUAGAAAGUCUCACUUAAAAAAAAAAUAAAACAUGGAUCCCAUCUGUGACCUAAUCCUCACUCUAAGGCCUGAUCCCCUAGUUCAUUUGCCUAAAGGACUCAUUUUUUAACCUAUAAUUUUGGAGGAAACCCAAACAUUCAACAUAAACCAGAAGAUUUAUGAAAACUCUACACCUAACACCAUAUCCAGGUGUGAGAGAUCAGAAGAGACGAGGUGCACACUCCUACCAUUGAUAGUUUGUGCUGUCCUGGAUGUUCUAGCUGGGGUAAGAAGAAAAGAAAAAGGGGAAAAGGGUAUUCUUGUGAAGAGAACAAGUUAGUCUGUGUACAGAUGAAAUGAUCUUAUGCAUAAAACAUACCAAAGAAUCCAUGAGACAGAGCUAAUGAGAAGUCUAGUAGUUUCUUGGAAUGAGAUCAUAGUGUGAAAGUGGGGCUUUUCUCUCUUCGUGUGCAAGGAACAGUCUGAGACAGAAAUUAGGAAAGUGUUUCCCUUUGAAGUGUUGGAGAGGUGGCUCAGCAGUUAAGCUGCUCUUCCUGAAGUCCCAGGUUCAAAUCCCAGCACCCACAUAGCAGCUCACAGCCAUCUAUAACUCAUGUUCUAGUGAAUGCCCUCUUCUGGCUUCCACGGGCACAAGGCACGAAAAUUUUCCACAGGCAUAUAUGUAAACAAAAUACCCAUAUACAUAAAAAAAACUAAAAAGGCAUUUGAAAGACUAAAAUACCUGAUUAAAUUUAACCAAGGAAGAAAGAUCAUUCAUUGAAAACUACAAAACAUCCCAAAAAGAAUUAAAUGGAAACACUUCAGGUCUUAGUAUUAUUGCUAAGAAGAUAGUGUUACCUGUAGUCACCAAUAGAUUGAACUCAGACCUCCUCAAAUUCUAAGAGGAUUACUUUGGGAUCAGGUGUCAGAACAGGGUCCAAGAAUGGAGUUGUGUGAGGAGAUGUAAAACUCCAAGAAACCAAGACAAGAGUCUUGUAAACUUGUUUUCUUCAAAAACUCAAAAUUAUUCUUGGAUUAUACUUUCAUGCUUCUCCCAAGAGUAGCAGAUAGGAGUGAGUUCACCUCAGACUAUUAAUUGCAACUGGAUAUUGUUGUUUGUUUGUAUGCCUUGAUGGAAAAAUAUGUUCCUUGCCACAUGUGCCUUGCCCUUGUGAUUGUACACUUUAUUCACAUGACCCCCCCUCGACCCUCAGAGUAUAAAUUGUCUGAUGCUCUGAAUAGUGUUGGCUGUUUCAUGAAACUUUAGCCCACCUCAUCUUUAGGCUCCAGUCUCCCCGGUCCCAUUUCCUCUAGAGUGGCAAAUGGUGGUACAGGAAUAUUCCAAUUCCAUAUGGAAUAAAAACAAAACCCAAUAUAUAAUAUUUUUCGAAAAAGAUUCAAGCUGAAACAGUCAUACAUCUCAAUUUCAGAAUUGACACUGUGAUCUGAGCAUAAGGUUAGACACAUAGACAGAGGUGCUGGGCUGUCAGUUUACAAUGUAUACCUAUGUGUUUUCGAUCAUUUAACUUUCGAGAGAGAUACCAAGGCCCCUCCAAUGGGAAGUAAGUAGUCUUUUCAACAAAUAGGAACACAAAUGGAUUUCCAUAUCAGAAGAAUAAAAUUGGACCUUGGUGUCAUACUACAUAUAGAAUUUAACUCAAAAUAGAGCAAAUGACUUAAAUAUCAGAGUUACCCAUAGGGUGGCUUUUUAUGACAUUCUAUACAGCAGAGGAUUCUUAAUUUGAUGCUAACAUAUGUGCAGCAAAAUAAAAAUAAUUGAAUGAUGUCAAAAUUAAAAACUUCCGUGCAUGCAAAGACAUUCUUGAAAAAAAUGAAAAGAUACUCCAAAGAUUGAGGAAAGAUGUUUCAAAUUAUAUUCUUGAUAAGAGUCAUCUUGAGAAAGAUGAGAGACGAGAGAGGGAACAUGAAGGUGGGUGGGUUGGGACAUGGUGAAGAUGUGGGAGGAGUUAGAGGGGGAAAUGUUGACCAAAAUAUAUUGUAUGAAAAAGAGGUUUAAAUAACUUUUUAAAAAAUCUACUAAAGUUCUAUAUUAAAAAGAAAAUCCAAUUCCAUAGUAAUCAAUGACGUUGAGCUGUCCUUCCUCCAAAGAGAACAAGCAAAUGGGUGGUAAACAUAUGAAAGGAUCCUUAGCAUCCUUAGUCAUUUGGGAAACACAAAUCAAAAGCACAGUAAAUAUCCCUUCACACCUGGGAGCACCAUCUUCCCUAGAGGAACUAUAAAGGAAACCAGAAGUCUCUCUCCCCAGAGCGUGGUGGUGAAGCAGAGAGUCGGGCUGCGGCAGGACUGAGAGUGAACGCUCAGCCUGAAAGGAGUCCUUUCUAACAUGCCCUCUAAGCAGAAGAGGGGGCAGAAGGAAUGUAAGCUUUGUGAAAUAUUACCUUCUGGGUGAGAUGGAGCCAUUCCAAUCACAGAUCCACAGCAACUGCAAAUACCUGCCAAGAAUGGACCAUCAACUCAAGUCAGCCAUGGGUGGAGGAGAGACUCAAAGGACCCUUUCCCUCCCCACUGAGGUGUUUGCUAUUAAAAGCAGGGACAGGUGUUGCUUUUGGUUGUGUGCCCACUGGUGACCUGUUCAGGCUCCAGUAGGUGGCCCUGGUUAAAUUAAAUGGGUCACAAAACCAAGAGUCAUAAAUUCUGGAAGGGGACUGAUGGGACUUGGUGAGGGGGUGUGGGAAAUGUGAAUCUACAGGGAUGGAAGGGAGAUGGGGGAGGAGAUGUAACCAGAACACAUUAAAUAGAGCCAUGAAGCUGUCUAAUAACAAAGUGAGUCAUUGAAAAUGUUCUCUAGAAGUCUGAGAAUGAUCUCCAGCUAGUCCAUAGAGAAUCCGGAGCAGAUGUCCACUGCUGGUAGGAACAGGUACCAUGUAGUUUGUUUCCUCAAAGCGAUAAGCACAGAAUCCUCCUAGCCCUUUGGAAUCUGCUCCAAGGACUUGCAAUUCAUAUGCGAAGAAGUGUUUAAAAAUGUCGGCCUUAAUGUACAUCCCCCACAGACACGUGGCUAAGUAGCCCAUCCAUGCAGCCGUGCAGUGCUCAUCCCUAGCAAGGAUGGCUCUCCAGUCAUGCUACAGCACGCACAGACCAUGGGGAGUAGGCUCCAUGAAGCAAGCUAGUGGCCGCUCGUGUGAAAUAUCCCCAAAUAGGCAAGUGCACAGACAAGAAUUGCCCCAAGUUGCUAAGAUCUGGCAUCCUAGGACUUAUUUCUUGCAUUUUAUUUUGAGUGAUAGAUUUGAAAACAUCUAGUGGUAGGGACGGCCCAGCAGCGUAAAUGUGACUAAUGCUAUUGAGUGUCACACUUCAAAUGGCUGAAGGGACAAAACUCAGUAUAGUUACCAUAAUUAUUCUUGUUUAAUUCGUAGAACUAUUUGGAAAGGAAUUCAGGUUGUGGAGUUGGGCUUCUCUUUCUCCAGUCUGGUGUCCUGGAAGCCUAAUCAGAAGGCACCCUGUGCAGGAGACUUCCCCUCCGAGGAGUAUGCUGCAUGUGAAAUGGAAUUCUGUGAGAGCCCUCAGGCCCAAAGGGGAGCAAUCCUCAGGCCUUCCCAGACUUCCAGAAAUGUGGCUGCCAGAUGUUUGCAGUGUCUUGGCUUCCUAUACACACACACACACACACACACACACACACACACACACACACACACACACACACACACACAGAGAGAGAGUCAUUGGAAAAGAAGCAUUCUCCGUGUAUUUCCUCAGCCCCUAUUUUUAAUAGCUUCUUAUAGUUGUGUUUCAUGGGGGCGGGGAAGCUUAGAGCACUUUACAAUUUUAUAUCUAAGGAAGGUUAGAGAAACCAGCUCUCGCUGGGUAUACCCACAUCACACUUAAGGGCCCGCCUCGUGCUUGUCAACAUGCAGCCAACUCACAAUGAACACAGUGACAUUCUGGGAGAUACUUUUCCCUUCUUACUGGGCUUUUGCUUAUAAUAGUUUCUGAGUUUGUAUUCUUACGAGUUUUGUCUGUACGCACGCACGUGUGUGCGUGUUCACGUGCGACUCUGCAUGUGUGUGUGCUUCUUGUGCUCAUUCUUUGUUUCUCGUUUUUUCUUUUUCCUCUGUUUUGUUCUAUUCUGGUGUUUGUCCCUUUUUUAAAGAGAGAGAGAAAGAUGGCACAGGGUUGGGAAUGGGUAGGGGGGCUCUAGGAGGAGACGAGGAAGGACAAACCUUGAUCAGAAUAUAUUGUAUGAAAAAAAAGAAAUCUAUUUGUAAUAAAGAAUAAAACAAGCAAGCAAACAAACAAACAAACAAAACGUCAGUUUGGCAUGACAUGUGUUGUCCUGCAGCCAGAUGAGUCACCUGUAUGGAGUUCUCAUGGUGCGUGACUCAAAUCGUACUGCAUAGCACAGGUCCCGGACACUGCCAUGCGCUAUGUGACAUCCCCUAUAUGAUAUCUCACCUUCCAUACCUGCCAUAGACAUAGCUGAUGUCUGAGUUGGCCCUCUCAUUAAAACCACCAUUUUCUCACAGUUGUUCUCUGAGGAGUUGAGCUGUUUUUUUUUUUUUGUUUUGUUUUGUUUUGUUUUGCUUUUAAAGAAUGUGUUUGGAAAAUAGAGGCCUGGGGGAGGGAGGGAGGCACACUGGGAGUGAAACCCUUGACUCCCAGUAACAGCAUCUCCCCUUUCUUCCUGCAGGUUCUCUCAGCCUGUGUAUCAGGUGCACAGGUGAGAAAGCAGCCUCUGUCUCCCUCACCUCUCCACGCUCACCCUGCCCUCAACUUCUGUUCCUCACCGCCCACCCCCAGUCCCCAGUGUCUUGGACAAGCAGAGUCCCUUUGAGAUGAUUCUUCAGAUAAUGUGACAAGACUGUUUAAUGCCCUCUCUCUCUCUCUCUCUCUCUCUCUCUCUCUCUCUCUCUCUGCCAGCCACUGUUAAUGAUUCAAACCAAUUUCUAUGAUGGGGCUGAUAUGGCUAACGGAAGCUUAUUUGCUGAUAAUGUGUUGUGUAUGAGGGAAUUACCAAACUUGGAGACUAUUUUUUUUCCCUUGAAAAGCCACAGAGAUGCUGGUAGUGAUGUCAUAAUUUAUACAAGGUGCUUUUCAGCGUGCCCCAGUGCAUCCCAGGAAUUUCUGACUUGUUUGCGCUGAUUGGACAACAGUCCUGCUGAGUUAUUGUAUUCUAAGAUUUUUUUUUAUUAGUAACUAUGUAUGUAUGCAUGUCCCUGUGUUGGUAAGUGCACAUGUAAACUUAAGGUAUCUUGGCUUUCCAGUGUCUUGUCCAUUAAAGCACUCCAUGUUGAGAUUCAGGAAGGUGUAUGUGUGUGGGGGUAGUCCUCUGGUGUUUCAUUUCUUACACAUUUGCACUGGUGAGGCUGAUGUUGCUUCACAGGCUGGCACUUUGAAAACACUGGCGUGAAGCACCAGGAAGUGUGAGAGAGCCACAGUAACGUUCCAAGUUUUGAUUCCUGUGCCCAAGAGAUCCAGAGACCAAAAAUGCCUCUAACCUGUGAGCCCCAUGCCCAAGGACAGAUACUUCUGAAAUGCUGCUGGCUGCUCUUCAUAUAAGAUAAAAAGUCACAUGUUUUCUCAUCCCUAAACAAGUUUAGUUGACCCAGAUGUAGCAGAUGUGCUUGAUCACAUAUAGGCAGGAAGUAGGUCAGGAUGUAUGCUUGCCAGAGAUUGGACAAAGGCGGGAAGUAUGUGGCCUUGUGGGUUUGUCUUUGGAAGCACCUGGCCAAUUUAGCUCAUGGUCAUUUUCCGGGAGUCCUGGCAUGGAUCUGGCUAGAGUCCAUCAUCCUGGCCAGUCCUUUCAUUAAAGCUUGCUUCAAAUUUAGCUCAAAAUGAUGGUAGUGGUCUUGUUCUCACCCAGUGGGGUUGAUAGACUAAGCUGUGAGACAGAGGACACCAUUCACUGGGUAGACCAUGAAGGCAGCAAAGUAAGGGCAAAGUUGAAGAAAAUGUUCCAGACAGAGUGCACACUUCCAAGUAGGGCUCAGCUCAGCCCCUGUGGACUCAACUAGACUGGAAUUCCCUCCGCUCAGUACGAAUCACUCACGGAUGGUGCCAUGUUUUUCUUGGAAGGUGCUGUUGUUUUUCUGUCUUAGGCAGUAGAGAAAAAAACCUCUGCUUGAAUAAUUAAUGUCUUAUUAUUUCAAGUGAAGACAUACAUCUCACAAAGGAAGAUUAAUGAGUGAAAGGAAGCUCAGAUCAUUUAAAAAAAAAAAAAAAAAAAAAAACACUGAUUUUUGACCUGUAUGGAGGAACUGGGGUCUUGAUUUUGUGGAAGUCUUAGUUUGGGAGCGUUUAUCUUAGCCACUGAAACUGAAGCUGCCCACCUUCCAGCAGCCCCUAGGCCAGAGGGUAAAGAAGACUCUACUGCUAGUCUCAGCUCUCUGUUCAUGUCAGUGCAUGGCUGAGGCCUCUCUGUGCAGCCAGCUUUCUGCAGAGUGAGCUGUCUUCUUGAAGGCCAAAGGCUGGGUAUGAAAAUCAGCCCCUUGCCCUUUGAGAGUCUGGUUCUGUGUAAGUUCAUUGAAACUUGCAAGUGUAACACAGCACAGGCCUUCCUCAUUUUCAUGCAGGUACUUGAAGGGGAUGGCUGGCAAGCCAGGCAGAUAAAGGAAGUCAUUUAGGCUUCAGUUUCAGAUAAAAGACUUGAGGUUCAUGAAAUGUUCCUGGUAACAGUGUAGCUUCUGUUCUGGGCUGCAAAACACAUUAGAAUAAGAACAAAGGAGCAACACUGUGGAGUCUGCAGGAUCCUGACCCGAGCCAGGCAAUGCGCCAAGUCUGAGGAUUUGGGCAUCCUCUGAGCUAAUGAAAACUCCACCUGACAGGCUCCUCCAUCCCCUCAUUAUCCCGCCCCUGUCCUUUCUAUAUUCUUACCUUAAUUUGCAGUUUCCUGGCCUUAGCAGUUGGCAGAAAGGUUACAGAGAAACAAUUUAAGGUCAAGUGUAAUCAGAUGGCCCAGAAGGCCAUUCAUAAAUAAUAUGAAUCACAGACGUCCCUGGCACUACAGGAUUUUACAUGGUCUCGUGAAUAAUCUUGCCCUACAAACAUAUUACAUCUUUCUUUCACUUAUAUGAAAAUAGGCACAUUUCAUAGUUCACAGUGGGAAUAUAUAAGCCAUGUAUUUCAUUAUUAAUAUAUGGAGAGAAGACUACAGACAAACUUUCAAAGAUACUGUCAACUUUAAAUUUACUCAAAUAUCUUUGCAUGUUAUUAUCUUUUAAAAAGCAUUUAUUUGUAAAAAUCAACAUUAAUUAAGCUUCCUAGCUGCACUGAAAAUACUUCAAAUGAAUCCAGUGAAUUCCCUGCCCCUGCCAGGCUUUAGAUGGAUUUAAAUACUUGGAGCUAGGAAAAGCAAACCUAAUUAAAGCUUAAAGAUUGAAUUCCAGGUAAGUUUUCUUCCCUUUAAAGAAGGCAUUAAAAACAUGUCUUCAUAUUAUCCAGACAACAGUCCUCGGAGGGAAAGUAGACUAGAUUGUGAGGGAUUCUUACGGCAGCUCUAGAUUCUCCAGCCACUUGGGAAUUUAUCUUCACGGGUUAGGUGUUUCUGUCCGAUGUUCAUGAGUGAAUGGAUCAUGGCAGACAGGUGAAAGCCCUAGUGGGUGUGUGGUUCCUGGCGUGAGGUUGGAUAUAUCUGGGUCAUGUUUUCCCAGUGUCAGUUACAGUGGACUGAAGAUGCUCUUGGAAAACAGCCCACAACUCCAGGCAGAGUGGUUGGCUGAGAAUUCCAUAGUGUCUGGAGAGAGUAAUGUCCUAUUUGGGUCUGGGUGCAAGACCAUGAAAGGCAAACUGUCCAUGUUCUCUAAAAACUGUAACUUAGGGCCCGAGAUGGCUUGCCCAGAGUCUACUGUGGCUCUUCCUAGUUCUUUGGAAGUCCCCCUCCUAGGAAAGCAUUAGACUAGUGGAGUAUUCAGGAGAUUACAGAGGGAAGUAAGGCAGACUGACAAACUUAAGAGUGUGAACAUUGGUUGCUGUUUUCCACUCUGUUCUUAGCAAGCAUAGCUAGAGUUGUUUGUUUAAUCCGGGUUGCUCCUCAUUCUCCCAGUAUAAAGGAAUGCCAGCUUAGCAGUGGUUGCUGCAAUGUACUACGUAUGCUAAAUGGUUGAUACCCUAAACGCUUUUGAAUUUUAUGAUAAGAAUGGACUCUCAUAGCCGGGCGUGGUGGCGCACGCCUUUAAUCCCAGCACUCGGGAGGCAGAGGCAGGCGGAUUUCUGAGUUUGAGGCCAGCCUGGUCUACAAAGUGAGUUCCAGGACAGCCAGGGCUAUACAUAGAAACCCUGUCUCAGAAAGAAAGAAAGAAAGAAAGAAAGAGAGAGAGAGAGAGAGAGAGAGAGAGAGAGAGAGAGAGAGAGAAGACAAAAACAACAAAAAAGAAUGAACUCUUAUUACCAUUAGAAAACAAAAUCUGACUUUUUGCUGUUUGCAGAAAAAAAACAACUUACCAUCAAUGACAGAUACCAACUUAGAGUAAAAGGGAUAAAAGAAGGUAUUCCAAGGAGAGGGAACCAGGAAGCCAGAAGGCAUAGCUAUUCUUGUAUCGAACCAAAUAGACUUCGAAGCAAAACACACCAGAAAAGAUAUGGAAGGUCAAGUCAUAUCCAUUAAAGUAACAGUUCUCUGAGACUGUAUUGCUGUUCUAAACAUAUAUGCACCAAACCCACAGUACCCAUAAAUAAUACAAUAUGUAAAAUCAAAUUAAUCCCAACACAGUGAUAGUGUGUGACUUAGGUACUCCAUUAUCACCAAUAGACAGGUCAUCAGCGUAGAAGCCAGAGAAUCUCUGGAGUUAAAUCACAGCUUAAUGUAGUUAACCGAUACACAUCUAAAGAACAUUCCAUCAAACACUGAAGAAGACACUUUCUUCUUGGUAGUCAUGGAACUUUGUCAAGAUGACCACAUAUGAAGACAAAACAGGAACUCUCAAAAAAUAAAGGGAAAUUGAAAUAGCUCCUUGCAUUCUAUCAGACCAUAAUGGAACAAAGCUAUCAAGAGCAGCAGAAGCCAUAGAAAGUACAUGAGACUCAACAGUUCACUAUUAAAUGAUAAUUGACUCAUUGAAGAAAUAAGGAUUUUUUUUUUUAACUUUGGAACUGAAUGAGAAUGAAAACCUAGCCUGCCAAAGUCUUGGGAGCAGAAUGAAGGCACAGGAUUUUCCUAAGAGAAAAAUGCACAGCACUUUUGUCUACGUAAAAAAAGUUGAGAGAUCUCAAAUGAAUAACUUAAUGAUGCACUUUAAGGUUUUGGAGAAACAAGAUCAAACCAAAUCCAAAAGCAGUACCUAAGAAGAAAUAAUAAAAAUAUGGGUUAAAAAAUAACAAAAUAGGAAUGAACAAAUGACAAAAUCCCAAAUAAUACAGAGAGUUAAUGAAAGAGAAAGAUGGGGUUUUGAUUAAACAAUACUAGAAAACCCUUAGUCAAUCUAACUUAAGGAAAGAGCAGACCCAAAUGAAGAAAACUAGACAUGCUAAUGCGCUGCCUUACUACUGAACUGUGUCUCUCGACCUCGGUUGUUCUUUGUUGAUUUUAAGUGAGAUCUGUGUAGCACUAAAACUAACCCAACAAGUUAUUUUGUACCCACCGACAAACCAACUUUAAAGUUUACAGGGUCAUCCAGAAGAUGCAUUAUAGAGAAUAUGGUAUUUCAGGACAAGAGCAAAUGGGAGGAUUAAUAUUGCUAGACCUCAGGGUUUACUAUGAAUUACGGUAAUCAGUGCAGCAUGGCAUUUAUCAGAGGAUAGGCAUGCAGUUAAUGGAAUAGAGCAGAGUGUUUGCAAACAGAUGUUCCCGAAUACCUUUAGCCGAUUACAACAGCAAGGCUAAGACGACACGUGGAGACGACACGUGGUCUUAUUAAAUGAUUCUGGAUCAAGUGAACAUCUGGGUACAAGAACAAAAUAAUUGAGAUACCUACAUCUUACCCCAAAACAACUCGAAGUUCAUCACAAUUAUAAAUAUAAAACGCAAGAUCCUACAAAAUUCCCAGAAAAUAGAGGGCAAAAUAGUCUAGGUGGCCUUGGGUUUGUGAUGGCUUUUUAAAUGGAACACCAAAGGAAAAUACUUGAUGAAUUAACCUUCGUUACAGUUAAAAUGUUCUGUUUUGUGAAAUAACAUUUUCAAGUCAAUGAAAGGACAAGCCACAUAGGCUUUGAGAGAAUGUUUGCAGAGAUUAACUUAAUGGCCCGUUACUGGAAACGUGCGAAGAGUUCGUAAAGUUUGACUAGAGGAGCAGAAACUGAGUAGAGUGGUCGAAUAUCUGAACGAAGAGAAACACAGACCCAACAAUCAUAGAGGCCCACUGCAAUCAGGAAAGAAAGUAAGUUCAUGAAAACGUGUUCUAUAUCACAGGUUUUCAGAGAAGCAGAAAUUAAACAAGCGAUCACUCCAGAUAUUUUAGAAUGGCCAAACUGCACAGCACUGACGGUUCCACGUACUGGGAGGGAUAAUGAUCGAGAAGGAGCCACAUCCCUUGCUGGUGGAAAUACAGAUGUCUGGAAGGCAGUUUUGGUAAUUGCUUUAAUUAAAAACAAAACCAACCAAAGAGCAACACCCAGAGUAUGCCACUGUCGCAUGAUUUGUUAAUUAUAUUGUUUGGUGUUUUCUUAAAAUGUAAAUCUGGUGAAAAUCCUUCACAGAUAUUCAUCACAACUUUCUAAUAAUUGCCAGAACUUGGGAGUCACCAAAAUCCCCAUUGUCGGUAAAGGAUGUGGUUACAUGCAGACAAUGGGAUGUCACUUAACACUGAAAAGAAAUGUGAUAUUGAACAAUGAGAAGACACAGAGAACCCUUAAAUCCCUAUGAUGAAGUGAGCAAAGACAGCUUGAAAAGCUACUUGCUGUUUGAAAAGCUACAUGCUGUAUGACUCAAACUGCAUGACAUUCUGGAAAAGACUAAGCCGUAUAGACAGUAAAAUAGGUGAUCGCCAGGGCUUAGUGAGGAGGAGAGAUGCUAAGCGGAGCACAAAGAUAUUGUGGGCAGAGCUAUUCUGUAUGAUAAUGUAGACCCCUGUCAUCACCCACAGAGUGCGUCAGACUGUCUUUUCAGCUUUACAGAAAAUAUGAGUUUUGGGUGAGAAGGCAUGUGGCUUUACUGAUUGUAGUAACUAAUUCUACUAAGAGAAAAAGGAGACACUGCUUGUGUCCAGAGCAGGGAUUCCUGAAAUCUACAAAUUUCCUCUCAAAUUUUGCUAUGAACUUAAAAUUUCUGUAAAUAAGACAUCUUAACCAUUUAUAGAGUUCAGUAAUGUGAAUGAAAGUUAAGUCAGCAACAAAUAGCUUGGAGUAAAAUUAGUAAGACAAGCCAGCCACACCGUGUCCCUUUGUGAAAAGCCAUACUCUGGCUGUCAGAGAUCAUAGCAGUCUUGGUUAGUGGGUGGGCAUCUAAGAAGAACAUUAUAUCAAUUAGAAGUUCAGCAAAGCACUGUCCACUUCCUAGGAAAUAUGACAUGGAUGCUCUGGCUAGCUGUGUCUUAGUGACAGACAUGGGCAGAGCCACAGUUGUGACCUGAAACGUGGUUUUUGUUAAGUGGAAAGGUAUAUAUCUUUCUUCUGUCCCUCAGUAGUGUGGUAAUAUGUGGGGAGGAGCCUGGUUAAGGAAGCCGGAGAAAGGACAGUGUUGAUGCAAAUGCUUCCCUCUUCUGUGCCUUGACUUUCCGCUGGGCGCCCCUAAUUGUGUGAGCUGACUGCUUCCUCUGGAUACAUGUGUUGACUUGGGUUCUAAACACAAGAUAGCAAUGUUUCUGUGGAUGUAAGCUGAUGGCUUGAAUCUUACCUAUGCUACAGCAGUGAUAUGAGCCCCAAAAGACAGCAUGGCAGGACUGAGCCCCAUCUACCAGGGAGAAUGCCAGUGACCCUGAAGUUAUGGCUACUUCCCCAGGUCUUAUAAAUCGUGUCACAAUUCCUGUUCUCCAUUCUCUUCUAUCAACCUCUUUCAGAACAUGUUCUAGCCCCCAGACACUUUUUAUUUAGUACAUGUUAAGUGUUUUUCUAUGUAGGGCUAAUUAGUAGUAUGUGCUGAGUGUAAGUAUCAUACAGGUAUCACGGAGGCAAAGUUCCCCUUUGUAGCCUGCUAUCGAUGGUAGACAGUAAGAUUGAUGGCUUCUGGGAAGGUAUCAAGCCAGGAGCUCCAGCUUUGAGAGUGUUUGGGGCUGAGGUAUGAAUAGAGUAUGCUAGUGUCCAGGGUAGAAUGCAGAAGGCAUGAAGGAAGAGAUGGGGGUAUCAGUGGGUGGAGACUUGUGGGGGGGGCGUGGCUAGAGACCCUGGUGAUGCUGAUGGCACUAUUGGAUAUGGAGCUGCCGGAAACUCAGAGGCUGAGGAAGGGCAGUGAGAGACUCUACAGCUGAGCUAGAGAAGGGAUAGAUGCAGAGAGACACAUAAGGUUCUAGACUGUACUGCAGGAGAAAGACCUGCACUGUGUGGCAAGGGCUGGGGUCCUUUAUAGAAGAACCAGUGUCAACCCUCAACUCCCAAUGGAAAUGCCUGUCUGUGCCCAGAAAGUGCAGAAAGAUGAGCUGCACCACCCUGUGCUACAGUGAGGACGAGACCUGGAUUCUGAGGUCUAUCAGGAGGCUAAUGAGUAUCCCUAUGGGAUGAAGCAAUGCUAUGGAAAUGAAAGAAGAAAAGAGGCUAGAAGAGGUCAGAGCAAAAGUGGAAAACAUCUGAUGACUGGAGCUUUACAAGGAUUAAAAAGUUGCAGGGAGUUAGGGAUAGAAGGCCAGGGCCUGGGUAAGACAGUCCAGUCUGCCCUAGGGAGGAGAGCCCUUGGCAUUGAGACAGGUUAGAGGCCAAUAACAAAACGAUAGAGUUGAGAGAGGGAAGAACUGCUUUGUAUUUUAGAGGCACACGAAUUAGAGGAACACUGACAAGUGCUGUCUAUCUGUAAUAGACCAAGUUAUUGUCUUAAAAACCAGCCAGUGCUCUUCAAAGUAAUUUGAAUUGCUAUUUCUAAUUUCAGUUAAGUCAACACCACUCAAGUUGUCGUUUUCCCCUCUCAACCUACCCUGUGUAAACUUCUUACAAAAGCCUCAAGGUCUUCUAGAUGUUUCCUAGGGAUCAGGAUUUGUGUCGUUUUCAACCAGAAGAAUAUCAGUAAUUAAUUCAUUGUUGCUAGCAAGCAGGUAGGUGUGUGUGUGUGUGUGUGUGUGUGUGUGUGUGUGUGUGUGUGUGUGCUGACUUAAUCCAUUUCUCCUCUAAGGUAUGUGGCAGAGAUGAAUAACUCUGAAGAGCUUUGUCUGGAACAGGUAUGCCAGCCGAGCUGGAAUUCGCGCAGAUCCUUAUCAUUGUUGUGGUGGUGACGGUGAUGGUGGUGGUCGUUGUCUGCCUACUGAACCACUACAAAGUCUCCACACGCUCCUUCAUCAACCGCCCCAACCAGAGCCAGAGACAGGAGGACGGGCUGCAGCCGGAAGGAUCCCUGUGGCCUUCUGAUAGCUCCGUGCAGCGCCCAGGGGCUUCAGAGAUCAUGUGUGCCCCACGGGGCAGGGAUAGGUUUACUACCCCAUCUUUCAUCCAGAGGGAUCCAUUCAGUCGUUUCCAGCCCACCUACCCCUAUGUGCAGCACGAGAUUGACUUGCCUCCCACCAUCUCCCUGUCAGACGGGGAGGAGCCGCCUCCUUACCAAGGACCCUGCACGCUACAGCUCCGGGACCCAGAGCAGCAGAUGGAACUCAACCGAGAGUCCGUGAGGGCCCCGCCCAAUCGAACCGUUUUUGACAGUGACUUGAUAGACAUUUCUAUGUACAACGGGGGACCAUGCCCACCAAGCAGCCACUCGGGCAUCAGCGCAGCUACCUGUAGCAGUAACGGAAGAAUGGAGGGGCCACCCCCGACCUACAGCGAGGUGAUGGGCCACUACCCAGGCACCUCGUUCUUCCAUCACCAGCACAGCAACACACACAGGGGCAGCAGACCACAGUUUCAGCCGAACAACUCAGAGGGCACAAUAGUACCCAUCAAGGGCAAAGACAGGAAGCCGGGGGACCUGGUCUGAUUCCCUCUAGAGUGCACUUUUCAAGGAGAGAGAAACCGCGGCAGGGAGAGAGAGGCCCGCUGGCCCCACUGCCACAGUGUUGUCCAGCUUUACUGGUACAGCCAAGUAAAACCAAAUGUGCAAACACGGUCUUCGUUUCUGCUUCCUUUCACGGGAAUUGCAUGCAAACAAGAUGGAAACACGAUUCAAACUUCCAUCCAGUUUGACCACAGACAGUGUUCACCUUGGGGCAGGGGGUGGAUGGAGACAAGGGCUAGAGAUGGUAUGAUCUUGGCUAAGUGGUGUGCAGAGAAAACUAAAAAAGGCUGCUUUGAAGACAUCAUGAAAGUAAGACCCACAGAGGUAUUUUUGACAUAUUUGAUUCCAAAAGGAGACUGCGGAUAAAUGAGGCCACAGUGGCCUGUUUUAUAAUUAACUGAAUAAAGAGGGAAGAAUUAUUAUAUAUUAUCAUGGGGAAGAAUCAGCCAGUUUGCUUUUUCUCCAAAGGUGUGAAACUUAUUUUGUUUUAAAAAUAUGAGUCAAAACUCCUGUUUGGUGUGCCAAGGUUUUAAAGUUGGAGAAGUUAGACGAGUGAGAGGAAGUGAUUUGUGUUGUGAUGGUAUGUUUUAAGAGUUGCACUAUCUCAAUGUUUAACAUAUGGAUGAGGGAACCGUGUCGUGUGAAGUUCUAUAUGUUGUCUUGUCACCUAUGGAUGGCUACCAUGCCCAAGGAAACACUCUUGAGUGUCCACAGAGUCAUACAAGAAAGGUAUUUGGCAAUGUACCCUGGUGUUUACCAAGUUAAUGUACAUUUUUAAAAGUGGUUAUGUUGCAAGAAUUUGCAGCCAGAAGCCGUGUACUACUGAGGUAUUUGGAGAGGUUGGUGAAAAGAGAUGCUUACACUGUGUACGGAGUGUCACGCACAGCUAGUCUUUUUCCCAGCAGGGUCAGCAGUUCAGACUUUUUUUCCACAGUAGCAUGAAAUAUAUUCAGAUACAUACCCUAUUUUAUGCAAUAAAUCGUCUAAAAUGCAAGCUGGCUAUUUUGUGUACUGCCGAACUAUGGGUCGCAGCGAGUCCCAUUGCACUUCUCCACUUUCCGAGGCAGCUCUGUUGAGUUCUGCGAGGGUAGUCUGUUUAGCACCUGGCACCAGCAGUUGUCCCCAAGGCCACUUGGCUUUCUAAGUGCCGUGCUGGUAAUGGUUCUUUAUGUUUAAUAGGCCCCUGGACGUGAUGAGAGGAACGAGUUUGGCAUAAUAAGCCACUGCAUCUCUCCAGUGUUGCAUGUUAGGGGAAUCCGGCACAGACCUGCCAGCGCUCAUGCCAAAGACUUCUGCAUAGCCAGUCUUCGUACCAUGGUCAGUGAGAGGAUAGAGGUGGUGGGUCAGGGUGUGACUCAGGACAAGGCAGUGGCAGGCAAAGUUGCAGCUGGAAAAUGGCUUCUUAGUAUUUGAAGUCAGUUUAUGAUUUCGAACAUUUUUUAUGUAGAAUAAACAACAACAACUUUAUUAUGCAGAUGUAAGAGCUGGCUUCCUAAACUGCACGGAGGCAGGCUCCAGCUUUCUGGAAGUCUGGCCUCUGCAUGCAACACAAUGAACCGGAAUAGAAAUUCGGUGGCAGCUUUAACACCAAAUCGAUCUCUGUCUCUCUCUGUCUCUGUCUCUGUCUCUCUGUGUGUGUGUGUCUGUCUGUCUGUCUCUGUGGUGUGUGACUGUUUUUAGAAGUGAUUACAUGAAGUAACUCUGUAUUCUUACCUGAGAACUAAAUUGUUCAAAGCCGGAGUCCUCUCUGACCCCAGGCUUCUCAUUUCUGCUUGUCUUAGUAGGCAGGCCACUGGCUUAGUUUGAGUUUUGAAAUCUCCUUUGAAUUCAUCCAUUUUGCACCGUAGCGUCCACAGGAAUACUCACAGCUACAAGGAGAGAGAACAGACAGGCCGCAGUCGUCAGCUUGUCUUAAACACUGCUUGCAAGGAUGCCAUUUGGGACUCAGGAACUGCUCUUCUGUCUUGUCUGGUGACAUUCAGUGGCCUUUUAGGCCACAGGUGAAGCAGGCCAAAGGUGACCUUUCCCACUUCUCUGAGGCCUCCUGAGAAGGUUCUGGCUCCUGGUGACCUUAUGCUCUCAGGCUGUGCUUGAAUGGUACCCCGAGAUACAGUGGCAGAGGAGAGGUCUAUGUCCUCACUGGGAUCUUACUGGUCAGACUUGGCAUUGGAUGACUGCCAGGGGGUGGUGAGGUUAUGGUUUUGUCAUUCCAAAUCCUAACUAGUUUUUUGGCGAAGCUGGAGAUCCCAGCUUUUAGUUUCAGCUCCAAACGGCUUCUCAGUCCUUCCUUUCAUCUUUCCUUCCUUUUCUACCGGCUGUGAGAAUGAACUGAGAUCAGAGACUCAUAAAUAACUUUGGAACUUGGCAAGCACAAGGGCAUUUUGUAGAUGCCAAUAGUAUAGGCAAAACAAUUAAUUCAACUAUAUUUAACUACGUUUCAAAAGAGAAGUUGCUUUCUUAAUGUUUUUACACACACACACACACACACACACACAACUAGUGAUUUUGAGGCUGGGCCUCUUUAAGGAAUUAGUAUAAAAGCCAAAGCAAAGGUCAUAAAAAUUAGUCCGUUUCUCUCAGCACAGGGAGGCGGCUUAGGUUGUAGCUUUCUAGCUGACUGCCCAUGCUAUGCUGUCUCCUGGCUCUAAGGCGUUGACUAAGCAGCUACUGUGAAGACACAGCUCAUACAGGGGGAAGCCGAGUGCUUAGAAGUCUAGUAUUCAGUUUGGAGAGCAGCGAAUUUAGGCAACUGACAGUAGGCUAUACUGACAGAUGAAUCCCAUGGGGCUCUUGAGUAAAGGUUUACAGUAUUAGAAGGAACAGUCCCGGGCAGGCCAUUUAUCUGUUGUCUCACAGAUUUCCAGGAUGAUAAAACACACGGCCUGCAAAUUCAUCUCCUGGAGAUCAGCCUUUUGGCCUGCAUUUGCUUCUUCCGAAGUUCUAUAAACACAGAAGCAAUAUUUAAUAGAGGAGACUAGGAAGCCAGCGGCUCACCCAUUUAUGUUUACUGGUAAAGCAGGCCCCAUGUCUUCGCCACCGUAGACACACACCUAAUCCCACAGGGUGGCAGUAACUAAAGCUUACAGGCAGAAUGUGAGACUUGCACUUUUUCUUAGUAAUGUUUAGCUCAAACUCAAGAGGCAAGGAUGAGGAUAAACUGGGAUGGAUGCCUCUUCACGCGUACAUGGGACUUGGGUGGCUACACACUCACACACACACACACACACAUAUGUAUAUACACACAUAUAUAUGUAUAUACAUACAUAUAUACAUGUAUAGUAUUUUUAAAAUUCUAAGUAGCUCCAAUUGAUCUUUAUCAGGACCAAAAGGAAGUGCUUUCAGAAAGCUGUUGAUCUGAGAAUCCAUUCAUAUGCCGGCCUUCCCCACACAUACAGGUUUUACAUCUCUUAUCCAGCUGUUCCUUUUAGAGAUGCCUGAGGCAGGUCCCUAAGAUGCCCCAGGCCAUAUUAUUGAGGAAACCCACGUGGCCUCUGUUGAGGUCUGCUGACACACUGCUAGACAGAACAUGGUCAUUCCUGGACUCCAGGAGUUGGGCCACGGAGACACAGUGUGCAUGCUGUGGUAGUGCUUACAGAGUUUUGCUUGGAAUGGCAGCUCUAUGCCUCCUAAACCUCCCAGAAGUAGGGGAGAGGGGAACAAACCGGAAAGGCUAUUUGCUUUGCCACCUUUUGCUUUCCUCCCAUGUCAGUUGCCCAUCAAGACUCGCUUGCACCCUAAAAUCACAAGCAGCUUCAUGGCUUAAGACAGUACUGAUUGCAACAAACCCUGUUGUGCGGCUGCCAGGAGCUAGGAACAAAUCACAACAGCAUUGUCAGCCUCCCUUACUCCAUAGGUUUUAGGAAUAAAGAUGUCACUUAAUAGCUGGCUUUGCCAGCUGGGUAUCGCACAAGGCUGAUGUUACAGCACAGGGAUAUCUGCUGAGCAAGGGACUUCUCCCCACACCCUAUCUUUGUCCCUAAGUAUGCUGGAGAUACUGUAACAUGACCAGGUUAGCACGAGACAGGUGAUGCAGCUGCACACACCCUCUCGAUCCCUAGCUCGGCGAGUCCAUCUCUAAGCAGGUGAGGUGCCUUGUUCUGAGGUCAGGAGGUAGAGGGCCCCGGCCCCAGCGUGUUGUGCUCACCUCUGUUGUGUCUCACUUGAAAUGGUGCUUCUUCACCUGUUUGCUUUUAUUUGUAAGGUGCUGUAUACACGUUGAACAUAUGCACAUACUCUACCCAAUGGGUAGAACAAGAAACUAAUACUGUAAUAUAUUGUACAGAUACCAGUUUUAACAGAAAUGGCAUAGAAUUUGUGAAUGCCUAUGUACUCCAUCUUUUGUAAGGAAACUUGCAAAUGAUUACAUACAGAUAAAAUCUAUGUAGUUUAUUUUCCUAUUAAAUACCAUAUUAACACCAUGGAAUGAAGUCUGAACAAGGAAGCAGCCGUUUAUGACCAGCAUAUACAUAGGCAUCCAGUUGCACCUUUGCUCUGAAAACACUUUGGCAAUUUCUGAGAUAUUUUUAUUUGAAUCCCUUUAGAAAUAGACCAAUUUGGUUCUAUUUUAGUCGUGGGGCGGGGGGAGUUGCUUUUGAGCUUGCUCUAUGUGCGGGCCUUUUCUCUCAAUGUAUUUAUCAGUGUCAGGCCUCAGUGGGAUGUGCAAAUCUUUGAUGGCACUCGUGGUGUCAGGAAAGUGAGUAACCUGUAGUAGAGGCUAUUCAGCCUAAGGGCACUUGUGACCAGUUUGUGUCCCAUGUUUCUCAGUGCCUUGUCUUAUAUAUGGAAGCUAUGGAGCCAAUGAACUGUCUGGAAUUUGUACGGAGUGUCUCAGAAAAAAAGACCCAUUGGGGAAGAUGAUUAGGGUAGGGAAAAUGUUUUGAGUCGUUGUUAGAGAACUGUCAGCUGAGUAUAGAAUCUGAAGUCCAGUCCUGUGUUCUGUGGUAGUCCUGACCCCUAAGACAAUUGGGUUUAAUUAUCAGGUUACAUGUUAAGCUGCAUGUCAAGUCAUACUUCACUCUUCCAGCUUAGUCUUUCGUAUCCAAUUGUAGCUUUGGCAUUUUUUAUUUUUAAGCACAGAAGCCUUGGUGUCCAUUAAACCACCAUGGAUACUAAGUGCUGUCUAAGCUAAUCCAGUUAUGCCAUCAGGUGACCAUUUGAGUAAUUCUGGGCUUUUCUUUGUUCUGUGGUAUGUGCUCUGAUUUUGAAAGUCAGAAACAGAAUUAUCCCCCAAUGGGGGUGGGGUGGGGGGGGAAUAAAAGCUCCAAGCUAGUACUAAUUAUUCUUAAUGUGCGACUCUUAAUGCUGACUCUGCUCUUUAACACCUCCCGACAUACAAGAGGGGAGCAAAUGUGACAGUGGGUAUCUCUGUCUCCUGCAGGACACAUCCUGAGGGUCCCAGGGUCAAGACCCGAGGCUCACAGAAAAUGAGCACUCUAGUGAUUGUGCGAGUGUUCUGGACUCAGUAGUAAGAUGUAUGAGCACCAGGCUCCUUUCUACAGACCCAGCUCGGACUGAGCGCUCCUCUCAACGAUGCUGGAUGUGCCUGCCUUUCCAAACUCUCAAUUUCAAUUCAUAUCCUCGUUGAGUUUAAAGUUGUUUUAAAAUAUAUACAACAGUAUCCACAGCAUUUAGUUCAUUUUAUUUUUAUUAUAAAGCAAUCUACUAAAAAAAAAAUACAAUUGUAUUUGAACCUUCCGAUCUCUGUGAGCUAUGAUGAUCAGAAGUCAGAGUCCUUUUGUGUUUAAACAACCAUAUGCUUAUUCUUUAACAUAACUCCUGCUUAUAUAUGGGCAGUGAUUCUCCACUGUCAUCCACCUGCAUCUUUUGCCCCGGCGGCGAUGUGGUUUAGACCUCAGGUCUGUAAUUGCAAUACUUUUGAUGAAAGAUGUUGCACAAGUGCUGUUUGUUAGUUAUGAAAUCAGGUUUUCUGCUUGUUCUUAAUGCCAUGGUCAAAUCAUAGCACAAAAUCAUUAAAAAUAAUCAGUGAUAAAUAA